AUGAGUGCCUACGAGCCUGAUAAGUACCUACCCACUAUAGACGCAAUUCUUAGUGUUGCCGAUUUGGAGGAAAUUACAGUGAAAAAGAUUAGAAAAGCAUUGCAGGAAUUGUUUGGGGUCGACUUGAAUGCACAUAAAAAACAAAUCAAUGAAGUGAUCUUAAACCGGUACUACAAUCUUCAAAGAACCAGGAAGGACGAAUCGGAAAAUGAGAAAAAGAGGAACCGAGAUGAAAUGGAACGACAGGAUGCAUUGCUUGCUGCGAAGUUACUGAGACAAGAGUCAGCUAGACAACCAAGAACAAAGCGCAGACUGGCAAAGACAGCCACAAGCAAGGAAAAGACCAGGCGAGCUCCUAACAAUGCAUUUAAUAGAGAAAUGGCUCUCAGCCAUGAACUACAAAACGUAAUUGCACAGGAGAGGUGCUCACGUCCUCAGGUGGUGAAACAUUUGUGGGCUUAUAUCAAAGAUAACAAUUUGCAAAAUCCAGCUGACAAACGACAAAUUGUCUGCGAUGAUAAGCUUCAAAAGCUAUUUAAAAAGAAAACUGUUGGUGCGUUUGAAAUGAAUAGGAUAUUAUCAAAACACAUUUUUGCGCCUGACGAAAUGGAUGGCUCUCAAUCAUCAUCGCAAACAAAAAACGAGAUAGUUGAUGAUGAUGAUGACGACGAUGUUGAUGAUGGUGAUGACGAUGAUGAUGAUGAUGACGAUGGGGCUGACGACAACUGCGCCGAUGGAAAAACCGGAGAAUCAAUUAAUGUCGGUCUCAAAAAGAAUUAUUCCACGGUAGACGACAGUACAGAUUUAAAUUUAGAAAAAACCGCAAAACAACUAGAGGAGGAGCUAACAUCUGAGGAGGAUUAA